AUGAAACCUUUGUUUACCCUCAACACAUUUUACAACUGGUCAAUGACACUAGUUGGUUGGGCCUGCCCUGGCACAGACACUCAAUUUAAUUUCGUUCGCCGCCACCAAAAGGCACCCGAUUGCUCAAACAUCAACGAAUUGUUUCAUUUAGGAGGACGUUAUUACUUAUCUACACAGCAUGGUUCAAUUAACGUUUACAAUACCACCAACGGUUCUUCGCACAUUCUACAUAUUUCUCCUCUUAUCGUUUAUCAUUUUCCUUGUGAUCUCACAUCCGCCUCUCAGCAAACCGGUCUGGGAACUUGUCCGGACCGCAUCACCUUUCAUCUACCACUUUUCUCUCAUAAAUCAUUUCGCUACAUUCCGUGGACACAUAACGACGACAAAACUUUGCGAUUACAUUACAGCUCAUUGAAAGUGACAGCGCCGCUUCAAUUCGACAACAAAACAAUGACUUCUUUAGACCACACUUUUCGUAUACUAGAUGGGCAACUUACUACCCGGUUAGCAACGUUAAAAGACGAGAUAUCCCACCUACAUAAGGUUCAAUCUACCACCCUAAACGAUUGGCUUACUUAU